AUGUUUCCAAUUCAGAAAACAAAAGGAAAAGAAACCAAACAAAGCAAAGACUUUCAUAUCCUCCUGAGACCUGAGUUUCCUGUCCUGCUGUCAAAGAUUCUGCAUUUUCUGUUGUAAUACCUGUGGCACAUUUGAAUGGACUGUAUGCUGUAGCCAUCUGGUGGGAGAAACAGUCACUACGAUUACUUGGCACCAAGUAGCAGCUUUGUUUACAAUGUGUUACAAUGGCAGGAUACAGAUCAAAGCUAAGUUCAGAAGAAAUUUUAGAACUUCUCUUGAAUGGAGACAUGUCAGAUCUUGAGAUUAGUGAGGAGGAGGAUGGUGAUUUUGAUCCGGCAGAUGAUGGUGUGCAGCAACACAAUGUUCCUUCCCCAAAUGAACAUAGUAGCAGCAGUACUGAUAAUUCUGAUGAUGCCGAGAGUUCUUCACAGAAUUGCAGGAUGUUUUGGGAGAAAUGCGAAAGGUUUGAGGGACUCCAGGCUACCUUCUCACCCACGGAAGUUGUAGAACAUAAUGAGAAGCAGAUCAUGGACUACUUUCAGCUAUACUUUGACUUGCCCUUUUAUUAGGAUACGUCUGAACUUAACAAUAUGAGAUAUUUACAGCAGACUGGAAGGUCUUUAAAGCUGUCUGCCAAGGAAUUGCAGGUAUUUAUUGGAGCAACAAUACAAAUGCCUUGUUUGAGAUACCCUAGAGUUAGGAUGUACUGGGGCAAAACAACAAGAGUUAUUAGCAUUACUGAAAUCAUGACUCGAGACCGAUACUUCACCAUUAGAAGUAAUUUGAAGGUGACAGACAAUAAUGCUGUAACAGAGGAAACUAGAAGGAAAGAUAAGUUGUGGAAAAUAAGGCCACUUUUAGAAUGUGUAAAGAGAGCAUGCCUCAGUUUACCUCGAACUCCUGAAGUGGCAGUGGAUGAACAAAUGAUCCCAUUUACUGGAGCAUGUGCAAUAAAAAAAUUUGUCAGGGGAAAGCCAAAUCCUGAAGGGCUUAAAAAUUUUAUGUUGGCUGCUCCUUCAGGACUAGUCCUUGACUUUGAGAUUUAUCAUGGUAAAGGAACAUUCCCAGAAGCUAUUGGUCAACAAUUAAAACAAGGAAUAGGAGCCUCGGCAGUCCUCAGGCUUUGCCAGAAUCUUCCAGAAGGAACACAUGUGUUCUUUGAUAGGUAUUUUACCUCUGUUCCUUUACUGGAAUCAUUGGCUGAAAAAAAACUUGCCUGCCACUGGAAGUCAUGAAGUCAAGAAUACCCAGAGCAGUCCAUCUGACAGCAGACAAGAUUCUUGCAAAUCAAGGAUGUGGUUCUGUUGACCAGACAGUGAGAAAAGACAAACACAUUUCUAUUGUAAAAUGGUAUGUCCAAAAGCCAGUCAUAACUGCAUCGACAAAGGUUGGGAAGAACCCUAUGAAUCAAUGUAAAAUGUGGUCGAAAAAAGAUCGGAGAUACAUUCAGGUUCCCUGUCCAGCAGUAAUCAGCUGCUACAAUAAAAAUACGGGUGGCAUAGACCUGAUUGACAGAAUGAUGAGAUUUUACAGGAUCUGCACCAGAACCAGAAAGUGGACUGUAAAAACUAUUUUUCAUUUCAUAGAUCUGGGAAUUGCAAAUAGCUGGAUUCAGUACAGAAGUGACCGAAUUAAGAACGAUGAGCCAAAGAAGAAUAUGCUGCAGUACCUUGAUUUCAAAAUUAGAAUUGCUUAAGAAUGACGAGCCAAAGAAGAAUAUCCUGCAGUACCUUGAUUUCAAAAUUAGAAUUGCUGAGCAUUUGUUAAGGGGCCAAGAGGAACAACAUUCUGAUGAAGAUGAUGAGGAAUCAACUCCUAAAAGGCGAAGAUUAUUGCCGCCACAGUCACCUUCACCUUCUGUAACCCAUUUGCCAGGAAUGACUGGGUUGACAAAUAGCACGAGGUGUAAGAACAGUGGCUGCACGAAGAAAACCAAAAUAAAGUGCAAAGGUUGUUCAGUUUUCCUCUGUCUAUCAUCACAGAAAAACUGUUUCUCUGAGUAUCAUCAGAAAUAAAACUGUUAAAAUUUGUCAUUUAUUUUACUUUUUAAAUUUAUAUUCAUUAUUUUAAAUUAAUAAUCAGUGAAUGAUUCAAGUAAUAUCUGCCUAAUAAGAUUGUAUUUUGUUCA